AUGUCAGAAACACAAAUCAAGUCAGACAACCCAUCUUUCGUCCUCUACGGUAUCGAAGACGUCAAACUCGAGAAUCGGCCUGUCCCGGAGAUCAAAGACGAUCAAUGCUUGAUCGCCGUCUCCAAGACGGGUAUCUGUGGAUCAGACGUACACUAUCUCCUUCACGGUCGAAUCGGUGACUUCGUCCUCGAGCAACCCAUGUGUUUGGGUCAUGAAUCUAGCGGGGUAGUGGUUAAAGUGGGACCGGAUGUCAAAGACGACGGAAGAAUUACCGUAGGGUCUAGAGUCGCAAUGGAGCCGGGAGUCAGCUGCAGAACUUGUACCGAGUGCAAAAGCGGUAUGUACGAGCUUUGCCCCCACAUGGCUUUCGCUGCUACUCCUCCUACCCAGUUCGGAACUUUGUGUCGAUACUAUGUCCUUCCUGCGGACGUACUACACCCCAUUCCUGAAUCUGUAUCUUUCGAAGACGGAGCAAUGAUGGAACCACUUUCCGUCGGUGUUCACUCUGUCCACACACUCGGACAGCUCAAAUCAGAUCAGGUUGUCAUCGUCUUCGGUGCUGGUCCAGUUGGAUUACUCUGUAUGGCUGUUGCCAAAGCUCUUGGAGCAAGAAGAAUCAUCGCUGUGGACAUCCAGCAAGAAAGACUAGACUUUGCUAGAUCUUACGCUGCGAGUGACAUAUUCUUGCCUGGCCCAAAAGACCCUAACGAAAAGCUGGAGGAUUACUGCGCUCGUGUUUCCGACGAAAUUCGAACUACCCUCAAUAUUCCUGCAAGAGAUCACGGAGCGGUUGAUCUCGCUAUUGAAGCUUCUGGAGCUCCAACUUGUAUCCAGAUGGGUAUCAACAUCUUGAAACCCGCAGGCACGUACGUCCAGGUUGGUAUGGGACGAAAUAUGAAUGUCCCCCUUCCACUGUUCCACGUCAUCAACAAACAACUUAAGGUUCUCGGAUCAUUCAGAUAUGGACCAGGUGAUUAUCCUCUUGCCAUAUCGUUGGUGGAACGGGGUUUGAUAGACCUUAAACCUCUCGUCACCCAUCGAUUUGAUUUCGAAAGUGCGAAAGAAGCGUUCGAGGUUACUAAACUCGGUAGAGAUGCAGCUGGCAAGGGUGUCAUCAAAGCCAUCAUCGAUGGGCCCAAAUAA